CCUCGCUCGGCUCGAUCCCCACCCCCACCCUACCGCGCCCGCCACCAACCCCGCCCGCCUCCGCUACACGCUACUAAAGCCGAGCCCGCACGGCCGCACCCACCACCAUGCUCCUCCCCCUCCUCAGAUCCCACCCGCUGCUCCUCCACCGCGCCGCGCGACUGUCCUCCCCGCGCACCCGCCUGCUCCUCCGCCGCGACGCGCUCCCGCUCGCGCGCUCCCCGCCUAUCCGCAUGGCGGCCUCGUCCGGCUCCGGCGCCAGCUCCCCUGCCCCGGCGCCGCCUGCUGCCGUGGUGCACAAGUCAAAGAUCAAAUUCUGCCCUGCUUGUGGAAGUCCGACGAAAUUGGCCAUACCUGAUGGUGAUGAGAAGAUGAGGGCUGUUUGUUCUUCUUGUGGAAGAGUUCACUACGAAAACCCAAAAAUGGUUGUUGGUUGCCUUGUGGAGCAUGAUAAUAAGGUUCUCCUUUGCAGAAGAAAGAUUGAACCGGCUUAUGGUCUUUGGACACUUCCUGCUGGUUAUUUAGAGGUGGGGGAGUCUGCUGCUGAAGGAGCCUCUAGAGAAACAUUAGAAGAAGCAUGUGCAGAUGUAGAGAUAGUCUCACCUUUUGCUCAGUUGGAUAUUCCACUGAUUGGCCAAAGUUACAUUAUUUUCCGAGCAAGGUUGAAGACCCCCAACUUUUCACCUGGGGCGGAGUCGCUGGAAUGUGCACUUUUUGCUCUGGAUGAUAUACCAUUUGAUUCUCUUGCAUUUUCUUCAAUCAUUGUCACCUUAAGGAUGUAUACUGAAGAUGUGAGAUCUGGAAGCAUCAAAUUUCACUAUUGCACUAUAAACAAAAGGUUAGGAGCCAGCCCUUCAGAUCUUCGGAGUUUCGAUAUCGAUAACCAUAUAGCUGUGUGAGGUUGAAAAGUUCUAAACCUUUUACCGUUGAGGAGAAUGGUUUUGGCAUACGAACAGGCACAAGGCCACACAGCGAAAACAUUGCCAUCAGAUCGACCAGUCUUGUGUGUUGAAGCCCCAUGGGAGCCUUGUUUGGCGCCUCUCUGCACAUUGGAACAGAUUUAAAUUAGGUGCUGGAACUGUAAAUGGUUCGGUAUCAUAAAGCCUGAUUUAGCCUUUUUAGAAAAUUCUGUGUUUCAAUUUCAUGGGAGUUGGGAGGACUGAGAAUUGUAUCAUACUGCAGUAAAUCUUGGUUGUAGCAUUGAGCUAUCCUGCAUGCCAAGAUUGUGGCGCUUCUUCAGCAACUGCAUGCUGUAAUCUGGUUACAAUUGAAUUCUUUGAGCUCGUUUUCAAUCAUUUAUUUCAGUUGUAAA